GAGCAAUUGGUGCUGCAGAUGAGAUUAACGAGGAAGACACUUCGAUCGAGUUGGCAGUGGAAACUCCGAACGAUAAUCGGUUUCGAUCAGCGCUCAGCUCAACGAUCCUCUCGAUUAGUCCAUUCGUUGGCUUUCCUCUGCCUUAUCUUGAAACGGACAGUGGCCGUAAGUGCCCUCUUCGGUGUUACUUUCCCGAGGAACUGUACUAUUCCCGACAGUGGGCUACCGAUAGUUCGAACUCGAUGCCCGAUCGCUAUGCAUCGUUAUCCAACGAGCCGGGCAACACGGCCAAUGUAUUGGAGGAUGAAGAAAAACAGCUUCUACCACCGCACCCCUUUGUAUCGCACAAGAUAACGGCCUCGGUGGAUAGUAAGGAAAUUCAGGCGAUACUUGCCAGUUACUGUGCCUCCGGUGGACGAUAUAAAAAGGUGGCGAUGAUGAAACGAGAAUCGCAUCGAAGACGUCGUACCACGACCGUCGCUCAGCGAUCCAUCGAAGAGAUGGUGUAUCGGGAUGCGCUAGAUAUCGAAAAUCAUCAGCGACUACCGGUACUGUUCUGUAGCUUCAACUACAACGAGAAUGUACCAUCGACCUUCUGCGCUCAGCCGUCCUAUUUGGACAUGCAGUUUUACGGACAAAACGAUAUCAUGUUAGGACUGUUUCUGGAGCAUUAUUGCUUCCGCAGUUCCUACAUUUGUAAGUCCUGCAAUCUGCCAAUGAUGGACCACGUUCGUCGGUACGUGCACUCGGGUGGUUGUAUUCAGGUGAAGCUGGCGGAGGAUCUGGCCAAAAUGGAUACCGGAACGAUAUUGAUUUCAUCGAAGUGUACGGUAUGCAACGAGUAUUCGAAACCGGUUCCGAUGGCACACGACACGUGGUGCUACUCGUACGCCAAAUUCCUUGAGCUACGGUUCCACGGUCAUGCCUACAAAAAGCGAAACUGUGAAGGCCCUGCGGAUGAUGUGGACACCGAUGGUGCGAUGGUAUGCCGGCACUCGUUGCACCGUGACUUUGAGCAGACUUUUUCGUAUAAGGGCAUUGUGGCCAGCUUCCGGUACACGGCCAUUGAAGUAUGGGAUCUGGUGAUGCCGGUCAUGUCGAUUGCCCUCGUGUUCACCACAGCUAGUGGUGGAAGUGCCAGUGCAAACCGUACGAUUACCGAGCAGCGAACGGAAGAGAUGAAAAGCCUCGCGGUGAUGGGGUACGAUGUGUACGCGAAAAUACUGGAAAAGCUGGCCGAACUGUCCGUGGAUACGGAUACGUUCGCAAAACUGAAAAAGAAAGCAAAUCAGGAUCAAAUUGCGUUCAAGCAGCGCAUUGAAAAGGUGCAGAAACUGUUAACGGAAGAUGUGAUAUCCGUGGAGUCUAUCGACGAUGCGAUCGUGGUGCUAAAACACACGCUUGCCGAAGCGAUCGAAGAGUGGGAACCGAAACUACACGAAAUCAUUACACAAGCAAAAGGAGCUGUCUCCAGAUCUUUGGCGGACGCCGCCAACACCACGCUGGCGAUCGAUAAUGGUACCAUCGCUACGGAAGAUUUGGUUGUAACGCAACCCAACGAACAGCAGCAGUCCACAGCUUCGAGCGAUGUAUCUAUAGAAAAACCCGAACCAGUAGUUCCUGCAGAAAUACAUUCCAUUGACGAAGAGAGAACCGCUCCAGAGCGGCAACCGAUCGGUGGGAGUACGGAAGCGAAUGCUGAGGAUGACAAGUCGGCGGUCGGUAUCGGUGAUGAGAAACCAAUCAACCGGGAUAGCGUUAGCGAGAAGAAAACGGUGAAAACAUUGCUGAGUCAGUUCCUUUCGACAAACGAUAACUCGCACAUUCUAAGCUCGCCAUUGCCAGCGCAUGAGCAUCACUGUUUGAAACCGGGCCUGUUUCCGAUCGUCGUGAACGAGCUGGAUCUUGGCUCCUGCAUAUCCUACUGUCUGAUGUCGCAGGAGUAUCGGAAAAUGUUGGAAAACAUGAACAGUGGUGGUAGUGGAGGUGUGACUACGAUCGGAGCACCGGAGAACAACAGCCCUAACUUGAAGCGAAAAUCGCAAUCCGUUAGUUCUAACGAAACCGAGGAUCCAGCUUCAGCGUCCGGUCACGGAAAAGGCGAUCAAGAUAAGAAGCACCGGAACUCGGCCCACAGUGAGAUCCAUUUUCAAGAUGCAAACUGUAACUUUGUCUGCAAGAUCUACUUUGCCAAAGAGUUUGAUCUGAUCCGGUGUCAGGUGUUGAAGCGUCCUUCGGCUCAAGUACCGGGCACCAGUCAGCGAUCCUCCCAGUCGGCUGCCAGCAAUUCAUCCUCUCUAGGAGUCCCUUCGAACGGCACUCCGAAUGCUGUAUCGGAUGCAGCGUCGGAGAGCGUUGCGCCUGAGUCGAACGAUAUGGUAGUCCGUAAGAUGUUUGCCCGUUCGCUCAGCAAAAGUGUCCGCUGGGAGGCUCGCGGUGGCAAGAGUGGAUCCAAGUUUAGCAAAACCGUCGAUGACCGGUUCGUGCUGAAGGAGAUGUC